AUGGACAAUAAUCCCCCAAUUGGCGAAGCUGCUGAAAAGAUUCAGUAUGACAAUACUACAUUCCAUAUUCUUCCUUGAUUAUUUCCUAGAGUUGCAGCGAUUAUUUGGGGAAAUCAGGUUAAACUCUCUGAGAGCUCUAAAAAGAUUGCUAAGAAUAUUUAUAAAUUCGAUCAAAGUUUAAAGUUUAACUACCCCUACAUAUAUUUCAAAGAGAACCAAGAAACCCCAGGAAGAGGCGACUCUGACGCCACAAUUGCUACAUCCAAUGAAAGCGUUAGUAAUUCGUCUCAAAGAGAUGCCGAGGACGCUGUAGAUGCUGAGCAUCAAGAAAAAUAUCAUGAAGAACAAGAGAGCGAAGAAGAGAAUGAAAUGGAAGAUCAAAAAUCUGAAGACAGCUCAAGUUUAGAAUCAAGCCAAGAGGAAAACAGCAAAUCAAAUUCAACCAGCACAACUAGUUCCUUUGAUAUAAUAGAAGAUAAUAAAUCAGAGUCUAGCUAUGAUGAUUGUUACCACCAUCCCAAUUUUUUAGACGAAGAGUACUUCCAAAUUAGCGGUAGCCAAGAAAGAAGUGACAACUCAUCAUCAAUUCCUUGAUCUUCGCUAUCUGACUCUGAUGAUUCUUAUAAUGAAGAAGAAAAGGAAUAUGAAGCCCAAUAUUAUGACCAAUAUGGGGACAGCCAAGAAGAUAGUGAAGAAAAGAGUCUUUCAUCAGAUAGUGAAGAAGAGAGUCUUUCGUCAGAUAGUGAAGAGGAGAGUCUCUCAUCAGGCAGCGAAGAAAAGAGUCUAUCAUCAGACAGCGAAGAGGAGGGUCUAUCAUCAGACAAUGAAGACAACAGCUCAGAAUCUUCAAGUGAAGAUUCUUUUAGUGAUUCAGAGGAUCAUUACAUCCAGAAAUCUUGGUAAUUUAUGUUAG